AUGGGCGCGGAAGACCCCGUCAUCACUUACGAUGGCAAGGAGUUCAAGGGCGUGAAGGAGGGCAAAGCCACCAUCUUGGUCCCUGCUGAGGCCGCGGGAAAGCAAGGGAAGCAGCAGGUUUUCUACAACCCGAUCCAGCAAUUCAACCGCGACCUUUCAGUUUUGGCCAUCAGAGCUUAUGGCGAGGAAGUGGUCGAGCGUCGCGCGGCACAGCCGGCUUCCAAGCGCAAGGAGAAGAAGAGGCGGCGCGCCGCAGGAGACGACGGCGGCGACAGGCCGGCCAAGGUUCAGGUAACGGACGACGGCAAGCCGGCGGAGACGACGAACGGCGAAGCGCAGAGUGCGCAAACAGAAAGCGGCGCUGCUAACGAUGCUAAGGCCGAGACGGAGGAGAUCGCACCCCCGGGCGCGACCGAGCCUCAGGACGCCGAAGACAAGUCCGCUCCCGAGAAGAAGGCCCCCAAGUUCACCAUCCUCGAUGCCCUGUCGGCCUCUGGACUACGUGCGCUGCGCUACUCGCAUGAAUUACCGUUCGUGACGUCCGUCACGGCCAACGACUUGACAAAGUCCGCUGUCGAGUCGAUCAAGCUGAAUGCGAAGCACAACGGGCUGGACGACAAGAUCCAGGCGAACCACGACGAUGCCAUCGCCCACAUGUACAGGCGCAUCGCGGACGACCUCUCCAAGCGCGACCGCUUCGGCAACCCCAGCAAGGAGAACAAGUACGAUGUCAUCGAUCUCGACCCUUACGGAACUGCUGCCCCGUUCAUCGACGCUGCCGUGCAGGCAGUCAGGGACGACGGCGGUCUGCUCUGCGUCACCUGCACCGAUGCCAGCCACUGGGCCGGCCACUGCUACGCCGAGAAGAGCUUCUCGUUGUACGGUGGUGUCCCCAUCAAGGGUCUUCACUCUCACGAAGUUGGUCUGCGCAUCAUCAUUCACGCGUUGACGACCGCGGCGGCCAAGUACGGUCUGACCAUCGAGCCCCAGCUGUCGCUGUCCAUCGACUUUUACUGCCGCAUUUUCGUCAAGGUCCGCAAGUCCAAGGACGCGGUCAACUACCAGGGAGGCAAGACGAUGAUUGUGUACAACUGCCCUGGCUGCUCGGCAUGGGAGACGCAGCCUAUGGUGCGGACUCGCCCGUACCCCAAGAAGAAGGAUGGAUACUUUUACAAGCAUGGCCUGUCUCAAGGUCCUCCGACGGACUCACACUGCCAGCACUGCGGCUCGGCACAGCAUAUUGCCGGACCGAUGUACGGCGGCCCAUUGCACAAUGCGGAAUUCAUUGAGCGCAUUCUCGAUCUCAUUCCCACGGUCGACAAGAGUGUUUAUCAGACGACCACGAGAAUAGAGGGCAUGCUCCAGACGGCCCUCGAGGAGUACAUCCCUGGCCCGGAGCCCGCGGAAGCGGUUGAUCCCAAGGACAAAGAGCUUGCGAGGAUCGACCACUACCCCUUCUUUGUCAUGCCCAGCAAGCUGGCUGGCACGCUCAACACACAGCAGCCUCCUGAUGAUGUCUUCAGGGGCGCACUGAGGCACCUCGGUUACCGUGUCACGCGCAGCCAUUGCCGGCCUGGCAGCGUCAAGACGGACGCGCCAUGGGAGGCUAUCUGGUUCAUCAUGCGGGAGUGGGUUCGCCAGAAGGCCCCCGUCCGCACCGACAAGAUCAACUCGCAGAUGCCGGCAUACACGCUGCUGGGCCUGAACAAGGCCGAGAAGAACGGCGAUGCCAAGUCGACCGACGAAAUCAAGGAGACUGAAGAAGCCACCACGACUGAGGCUAAGAAGGCUGAGGUGACUGAGGAAGGAGACAAGACGGACGUCGAGAUGCAGGACAGCACGGAGGAAACGGCGAAGGCGGCGGAGAAGGGCGAGGAGAAGGCGGCCUCGCAGGAGGAGCUGCGGAGGACGCUCGUGUUUGACGAGAAGCUCGCGCAGCUGGGUAAGCGCACACAGGGAAAGAAGUUGGUCAGAUACCAGAUGAACCCGAGAGAGAACUGGGGCCCGAUGACGCGAGCCAAGGGGCAGUGA